UUAACACCUCUGUCAGAUCAUUAGACUGUCUGUUCUAUAUACCUUAAAUCACACAUACAUAUUGACAUGGCUCGACUAGAUGUCACUGAAACUUUUCACAGCAUCACUUUUCCUGGCCACAUGCAUACUGAAGAAUCAUUGAAUUAUGCGACCAGCUUCAAGUUUCAGGACACAGAUACUGUAAUUGUCACCUACCCAAAAUCAGGAACCACAUGGAUGCAGGAAAUCAUAACUCUGGUUUUGAGUAAAGGGGACCCAGCUGUAGCCCAAAAUCAGCCCAACUGGGCCCGUGCACCAUGGCUUGAGCAGUACUACUGCGCUGAUGUUCUAAAAGCCUCUACCGGGCCUCGUAUUAUUACUACACAUCUGCCUUACCACCUGCUGGCACCUGCCCUACAACACUCCAAAGCAAAGGUUAUAUAUGUAGCCAGAAAUCUCAAAGAUGUGUCUGUGUCAUACUAUCACUUCCAUAAGAUGGCCAAUUUUCUGCCCAACCCAGGCGCUUUCUCUGAUUUUAUAAACGACUUCCUGAAGGGUGCAGUGCAUUAUGGCUCUUGGUUUGAUCAUAUCAAGGGCUGGACCAGUCACGCAAAAGACAUUCAGAACUUUCUUUACAUCACGUAUGAGGAAAUGUGGCAGGAUCUUCAUGGGUCAGUUCAGAAGGUGAGCCGUUUCCUGCAGUGUCCUUUAACUGAGGAUGAGCUGAUCCUUGCUCAAAAGCACUGUAGCUUCAAUAGCAUGAAGGAAAAUGCCAUGGUGAACUACACUCUCAUCCCUCAGGAGAUCAUGGACCACAGCAAGGGCAAGUUCAUGAGGAAAGGUAAAGUCGGAGACUGGAUGAACACAUUCACUGAGGAGCAGAGUCGUCUUGUUGAUGACGUCUACUCUUCACAGAUGGCAGAUUCCUCACUGCUGUUUAAAUGGGAAUGCCCUGAGGAGUCUCGAAGGCCACUGAUGGACAUUAACACAUCAGAAUCCCACAUGCGAAAGAUCACUCUACUCACAUAAUCACUCAUCACUGAUAAUAUACUUUAUUUUACAUUUGAAAAUGUUUCCAAUAUUUCACACUGAAAUGCAUACUAAGUAGGCUAAAAUAUUUCAUUCUUUUCUGUUUUUUUCUAUAUUGUAAUUUAACUAAAUAUUAAAAAAAAAACUUUUUAAAAGUUUUCAUCCUGAGACCUUAAGAGAAAUGUAGCAAUAUUUAUGUGAUAUACUUUCAUUUUCAAUUUUGGUAAUUUAUGCAAUGUGGCUUAAGUGUUGUAAGUCUAAUAAAGUAGUAAUGUUUGAAGAUUAACAAUAAUGAUAUGUAUAUAAGAUAGUAUGAUGUAGAUUGUGUGAUAUGAUAGAGAUGUAUUUUACAAGGCAAUAUAAUGAAUAAUGAUAAUAAAUUUUAUCAAUCUGUGUACUUAUUCUAGGCAUGGCCUUGAAAUGUUAUGAUUUAUAUAAACCUAUUCAACAACCUUUAA